AUGUCGAAAAGUGUUGCCUCCCGCAUAUCUAUAUGCUGUUGGCGAUCUCUGUUUCCAGAGCUUCGACCACAGCAUUUCCGCCGGACACUAGUCACGCUACAACGCGGCCCAGUUGAGAAGCGCGAAGUCCCGUCCGAUCUCCCGUCACAGUACUGGUCUCAAAUACCGGAAAGAUUCAGACCUGAUAGAGGGAAACGAGAGAUAGUUAUACAUCAAGCACCCCGAUCCGAGACCGAAACCUGCAAAGAUCCAGUCUCUGUUGUGGACAGCCGACAAUUGACUCUGUUGGAUCCUACGGGGGCUCGGGCGAAACUGUUCGACAAAACCAACAAGGAUCGAGCCAAGGUUGGCGAUAUUCUGCUCGCAACCUUCACCUCAGGCGAACCAGUCUCGGGCGUGAUUCUCUCUAUCAAAGGCUCGGGGCCUCACACAGCACGACAUAGGAAGCGUGCAGAAAGUGGUCGACCAGUAUCUGAGGCAACGAGCCAUGUUGACUGGUGGAAGACCAUCAAGCCAACUGGGACGGUCGAGAAUGAAGAAAGGGAAGAGAUGAUCUGUGACUUUGGAGCCUGA